AUGAUGAAGGGCCAAGCAUUAGGGCUAUUGGUAAUCUUCAAUUGUAUUUUGUCUCUUGCGACUGCAUUUCGAUCGCAAAGUGUUUGGGCAACUGGUAAAUUGCUUUGUGGUACUAAGCCAGCAAGCUCAGUUUAUGUCAAACUGGUCGAUAAGGAUCGUGCUCCAAAUCCUGACGACCUACUCGAUUCCAGCAAUACCAAUGCUACUGGUCAUUUUAAUUUAAUGGGUGAUUCUAUUGAAAUGAGCGAUAUUGAUCCAGAGAUCCGAAUUUAUCAUGAUUGUAACGACUACAACAAGCCGUGCCAGAGAGAAUGGAUAAUACGGAUUCCGGAUAAAUAUAUAUUUGAUGGGGAUAUUCCACAAAAGCCUUUCGAUUUUGGGGUUCUAAAUUUGGAAGUGGAACUUGAAAAUGAAUACAAAAAGUGCACUUGA